CACGCGCGCAGGUGGCUCAGAAUGGUGGUGACUUCUAUCGAGUGAGGACCCUCUUGUGCGCAGGCUCCUGACCAGACCUAUAUAUACAUAUAAUAAUACUUUUUGGGGACUUCUUCGGCGGCCCCGACAGGAAAAAAACAACAACAAAAAACUCUUCCUUAAUCCCCCCUUGAGGGAAAAAAGGACUUUUUAAAAUUUUGUUGAAAAUCUCGUUUUUUAAAAAAAAGUCUCGAGGAAAAAGAAACCGGUGCCCAGUUGAUGUAGAAAUGAUUGAAAAUUAAGUGGUGUUUUGUUAAAAAGGGAGCGAAGGAGAGAAGAGGAAAAUAGAGAAGGAUAUAUAUAUAUAUCGCAAAUAUAUUAAGUGUUUCGGUGACUGGAUAUUAUAUAUAAUCCGUUCAAAGGAUAAUCCCUGUCGCUGGCUAAUCAUAGGACGGUGGAGUCGGCUGAAACCGAAAUGAAAAUCAAUGGAUUCUAGCUGUCUCAGUAGUGUCUCAAGUUCGAGUGUCGCCUUAUAAGGUCAUCCUUGCAGCCGCCGCCACCACCGUCUCCACCUCCUACUCCUACUCCUCCAACUGUUCCCAAGAUCUGGCUGGAGGAGACUGGGAACUGCACUCCAAGGUGUGACCGUGCCCCUGCCAGCUAACCAGAGACACCUUCAGAGACCAGAGUGAGAGACCUUUUCCCUCUCUCAUCCUUCCGGGACUGGAAAGCGAGAUCUAUUUCCUCCUCCCCAACUCCUCCUCCUCCUCCUGAGAUGGACAUCCGAGAGAGGGAGGAGCAAACGAAAGCUUGAAUGAAGGCGCCGGCGAAGGUCCACAAUGCCCAUGGUGCGGCCACCUCCUCCCUCUGGCGCGCCCGAACCCCGCAGCCACGCCCGCGUCGCCCGUACGGAGUCUCUGAAGUCUGAGCGCUCCGACAAGCGGGUGUCCUUCAACAAGGACGUUGGGGUCAAGCACAUCCCCAGAGGUCAGAAGAACCAGCAGUCCUCGUCCUCCUCCAACUCGUCCAAGAACAACCUCAUCCGCGCAGCGGUCACUCCUCCCCCGGACGAAUGGGCCAAGUGCUCCGAAGUGUACAGGGAACCGGUUAACCUCUCCUCCCAGGAGCUCGAGAAGCAGGCGCAGGAGAUCGUCAAGCUCCUGGACCACAUCAACUGCGACUCCGCGCCCAACUCCCUGGCGUUCAACACGCGCUCACUCGACAGGCCCUCCAAGAAGAACAACAACAAGAACACCAGCCACCACAACUACAACAACGUCGUGUUCAACAACAACGUCCGCAACAACAAGAACACCAAUGUGCUGAACGGGGAGCCGCGCGGUGGCCGUCCCAGAACUCUGCCCACGUCCCGCACAGCCAAUCCCAUCAACAGGAAGGUGAAAGGCGACGUCAACAGGGUACAGUCUCCCUCCCCAAUACCGAACGGUGGUCCCCUAGCUCAUCACCGACACAGGUCAGUUGACCACCUACCUGACACCGAUCUAGACACGCCCCCUCUUUCCCGUCGGGCUCAUCACCUGGCAGGUCACAAGUCAGUGCCCGAUCUCAAUACCGUGUAUUACGACAACAGAGACGCCAACAACUACAAAUACAAACAAGAAACCGGAGUGGGUUACAAAAGCGUUGAUAACCUGUAUGACGGUGAUGAACCGGACACAGUGAUUAGUUUUGGGAACAGCAAAGCAGGAUACAAGUCUGUAGAUAACCUCACAGAAGGAAAUCAACUCUCUAGCAAGCGUCUCCAGGGAUUCAAAUCUGUUGGCCAUCUUCCUAGCGUAGCUCUUUCCGACACAGACACCGCCGAGAUGACGCACCACGAGCCAUACAGGCCUAAGGUUGGAAAUAUCAUCAAAAAGUUCAAUGCAGAAGCCGAAGGAGUGAGAAGAGGUACGCACAUGAUGGACAUGGGCACAGAGAUGGAACCUGGCCACAGAGGAACGCUGGAGCCUGACCGUUACCGUAGCCAUAAUAAUAAUCAGCCUUUCAGUUACACAGGAACUGCUCCCCUGGCAUCAGUGCAGGCUGUGCGUCGACUGUCCCCACCAAGAGAUCUACCUCGUCCUUCACCACCCAGAGAAUCUCCUGCAAGGGAUUUGCCUGUAUAUGCUCAGGUGAGCAAGAGAGAUGGUCGUGCUCAAACUAACGGCCGGAGAGAAAUAGAUCGAAAUUAUCGCAACACCCGUCAGGAGAGAGAAUAUUCCGCUAAGAUCAUUAUUACUGAUAAUGAACAUCGCCCUCCAUACCAGGACUAUGAUGAUCAUAGUCCUUACCGUGAUACAUCGCCAAAGAAUAAUUACCAAGAUGAGGAUGAUGAUGCCUACGAAAGCUAUCAAGUUCCAGAGGAUAAUAUCAGGCGCUUACUACACGACGAUUUGAUGCCACAGCGCAUGCUGAGCUCUGAAGAUCUGUUUGAUGAAUACAAGGAACUCUCUAAUAAUAAUAUCAACAUGUCAUCCGUGGGCGUUCAAACUGAUGCACUCCCAAAAGCCCCAUCGAGGUCACGUAAAACAUCAAAGAGCCCAGCCACGUCUCCAACUCGGCAAAUUCCAUCUCAAGUUCAGAAACAACCAAUGCAAAGGCAGCAGCAGAACCACCACCACCACAUAAAGAAACAAGAGUUUAGUCACCAUCAGAAUGUGCGCUCAGAUUAUUCUGCCAAUCACCAUUCAGGUUCAACAAUUCAUAACAACCUUACAUCUGCCUCACUUGUUAGGCAAGUGAACCAUGGAUUUGGCAGGACAGACCGCUCCCCAUCUCCACCACCAAGAGUUUCAGCAACUCGUCAGCCACGAAGAAAUGUGGUGCCACUGUUGUCUGACACAUCCGACUCAGAGGCAGAACACCGCCGUCAGCCCUUUGAUCCAUUAGCGAGAAUUCGUGAUCAGGUCAUGCAGCGAGAAAAGCUACAAGAGGAAGAGGAAGAAGAGGAGGAGGCCAGACAUGGACGUAUAAUAAAAGAGUCGAGUGUGAUGCCUUACAAAGCAGAAGAAAUGACACCACUUACUAUUGAUGAAGUGGAUGCUUUAAGCUUGAUAAUGGAGGACACGGGACGCAAGAAGCUUGUGGUUUCAAAUCAGGCUCAGAGUAAUACAGUCACCCGGGUUUCCAACCAUCACUCACGUCGAUCGGAGACCAUCACUGAACAGCACCACUCACACAGCUCAAAAGACAGCCUCUCCCGCCCACAGAAACCACCCAGGGAGAAGAACCACAUGCCCAGAGAAUCCACCCCAACUCGCAAAGAGCCGUCGACGCUUGAAAAGAACAAGAAAAACAACAUAGAGAAGGAGCGUGCGAACAAGGUGGCUAAACAGAAAGAGGAGAAGAAAGAGAAGAAGAAGAAGAGAAUCAAAAUCAAGUUCUUCUAUGACCCUCGACCGCAGGACGAUCCGAAUGUUGAUCCCCUCGCUCGCUUCACGGAGUUCCGUGGCAGCUCAUCAGAGGAGAGGAAUUCCCCUCGCGACGAGCGAGAAGAUCGCCGAGAUAGAAAGGAGGAGAUAAAGGAUGAGUACCACAACGAGAGAGUCACAACCCAGAGGGAGGAGUACCACUCGGACCGCCGAGAACGAGACGACUACGGCCGCCAUCGACGAGGUCUUCCAGACGUGCUGGAAGACACCACGGAUGGCCUGAAGGAGAGGCGCUCAGUUUCACGCGAGAGGCUAGACACCACACCACGACCAAACAAACGAGGCUCCAGAGAGAUCAGGGACUCGAAGUCGAGUCGCGAGCAGUCUCACGAGUCUCUCAACAGCUACAACAACAAGAGGAGAGACUCCAAGGACUCCAGAGAUUCCCGUGACAACCGCACAAGAGAGUCGCGCAGCCGGUCUCGAGACGACCGCGUCACCUACGACGAAUCCGCAGACGAACGAAGGAACUACGAACACAACGAGCGAAGCGUUGACAGGGAUUACAGUGACAAUGACGAAAGAGGGUCUCCCGAUGGGAGGCCGGGGCGUAGCUUGAGCGACAAGUACCGCAGUGGGCCCCUGUACGAUCCUCCUGAAGAAGAAGAAGAGAACUCCCCCUCCCCUGAGAUACCCAUCACUGAGGAGGACGAGAAGCAGCAGAAGAUCAUGCGGCAAAGGAAGAAGUUCUUCUCAGUCCUGAGAAGUGACGGCAGGUCAUCAAGUCCCUCAAAGGCCACCCCACCCAAAUCAAAGGCGCCCGCCCAGCCUUCCCCAAUUCGAAGUCACAAGAAAGGCCCUGCACCCACUCAUCCUCCUACCAGCUCUCCCAGCGGAGAGAAGGCCAAAGAGAAGACUCCUGCAAAGAAGAAGCCACCCAAGAAGAAGCGCGCCUGGCCGUGGGCGUUUCUGGGUCUGCGCGGGGGAGGCCGCGGGCAGAGCCACGGCUCUCAGGCGGGAGGACCGGCAUCCGGAAAGGCCGCCGUGUCUUCCAGCAGGGUGUCCUCGAGAGCCUCUUCCCGGGCCUCCUCGCGCAGCUCCCACCGUCCGCGCAGACCCAGCGUCAGAGCCUCCAAGAUUCGUCGUGAAGGCCCUCCAGUCUGGUUGAGCAGAGAGCGGGAGGAGGUUGACGAAGGCUCUCCGCCACCGUCGCAGCAGUGGGAGAGCUCAACUCUCAAUCGUGCCGAGUUGAGAGCCAGAAAAGAUACCAGGCAAGGGGACAGCCGGGGUUAUUCGACAACACAGAGAACUACUGCUCGAAAAUACUCUGCUGAAUCAUCAGCUUCAUCUGGAGCACCACCACCUCAAAGGGUAGCCCGCACCACAAGCUUCAAACAUCGCUAUUUCGGAGACACUGACAUCGAAAGCAACCGCGGCGGAGUAAAUGCAGUUCCUGAUUAUCGUAGUUUACCAAACCGAGCAUCGAGAUCUGCUCACAAGAAUGCUGGAAAAAGCAGAAGGAUUGCUACAGGACCAAGAGGAAUGUCCCCACCUGUUGUAGGAUCUGCAGGAAGUUCACUUCAAAGCAGUGAGAGUGAAGUAGAUAGCCAUGGAGGAUCUCACGCCUCACGUGCAUCUAAAGCCUCUCAUGUGUCGACUGGCUCUAAUAGAUCUGUUUAUUUGCACGCCACAGCCGUAGCCGACAUUCCCGUCCGACGUGGACCAGACGAAGCUCCAAGUGAACGUGGUAUGAGCCGCCAGACGAAAAAGGUCUCAAAAUCGUUUUCAAUGCUCGCCCCAUGGAAGCCCCGCCACUAUCGAGAGAGGUACGAAGUCGACUACGAGAAUCACGAGGCUCAUGAUAACAAAGGAGAAGCAAACAACAGCAAAGGUGCUCUGCCACCGAGACCACCAAGGCGUCAACCCAAUGACAGCCACGACAAGAAAGUUAACAGGUCACAGAGCAUGUAUAAAGAUUCCCGCCUGGCUGGGUGGUUGAGGCGAAGAAGAAACAAAGAAGCCAAAGGCAUCUGACAUCAAGAGACAUCAUCAUCUAGCACAGCUCCACAUCAUACUAGAGGAAUCCUAAGACAUAGUUCUUGAAAAGACUUCUCUGCAAUGUUCCAAGACGUGACUCAAGUAUGUGCAUUGUAAAAAAUGAAAAACAGCUCACUCCAGGUGCCCUUUCUUACAAGUUUGCUUCUCCGUGCAUCAGACAACUUAUUCAACAUUCUUCGCUUUAUAAUCUACCUGACCCUCUCACUGUAACUUUUUGCUUCGAUACCAGAAGAGCUCUGUGUCGCUUUGACCCACUAAUCACCGUACAGACCCCAUCGCUGCUUUUGUUGUAUAGAUUAUUUGUGUUCCACCUAACAACCUUAGAUGCAAUCCUGUCAUGUAAUUUUUUGAGUUACGCUUCAGGAUUAUCCAAAAAAUGGCAAAAAAAAAAUUGCAUUUGUUCUGAGGUCAUGAAUGUUGUAGUCCCCGCAUAUGCCUAAAUUCUAGAUCGUGACCUCCCUGUUCUGAAGUACAGACUAGCAACACAGGUUCCUGUACUUGAGGAAUGUCAUGGAGUUUGCUGAAAAGCUGACUGUAUAUUCGUCAAUUUUACACCACGAUCAAAGCGCGUGUUGGUGCCAUGUGUGAUAUGUCAAAUGAGAAAUUAGAUCAUCCUCUUUCGUCCUGUCUUAGGCUAUUUUACCAUUUCCAUCCGUAUUUUUUAGUGUUUUCGUCUUCGUCUUGAACGACCUAUGUACUCAAGUGAAUUUCUAGUUCAUGUGGGCUAAACCUGUGCCAUCAAAUGCGAAACGUAUGUUAUCUUUGACAGAUAAAAGUUAAUUAUUCCAGUGAUUACAUGAUGUACUGCAACUAGAAAAUUAGCAAUGCCUGACAAGACUUCUGCAUGUCUUACUUUUCUACUGAUGGUAUAGAUGUUGAUGUCUACCAGUAAACAGACAACCAUAAAUACAGUGAAUUUAAACCAAAGUUUUUAUGUGAGAUUAAAUACUUAACAAAGUUGUCAUGACAAAAAAUAAACAAUCUCUUCUUGUGACAGUAUAAGUAUGCUCAAAUUCAUUGAAGGCAUAAAACUGCGUAUUCAGAGUGAAAGACAUUUACUAUGAAAAACUUAUGAGUUAUUUACAUUGAUCGGACAAAGGGCACAGUAGAGAAAUAACUGAAUGAAGACAAGUAUUAUUAGUAAAGCCAAACCUAAGAGGUUUACGCAUGCUGAAGUACCAUUCGGCCUAACAUGCAUUCCAUACGUUUACAUUCCGCGCGUCAACAUUUCCGUACGCCGAGUGGUGAGCAAGCUGUGAUCACAUUUGUUUGUGCUUUGCUGGUGCCACGAGUUGAGCUCAACUGGUAUAACAUUGUAAAACUUUGUAUAGCUUAAGAUAAAACCUUUUCUGAGUUCAUCAUGAGAGGGACUUGAAACAUGGAAUGUAAGUCCCGACUCUGUAUUUGUCCCAAGUUGCUUCGAUGAUGUCAAACCCCAGGGUGAGCUCCUAGAGCCAUGGUUAUUUUGUACUCGCUUUUUGUCCUUAACAGUUAUUUUAUGCUGGUUAUGACCACUUGCAGUUUCAAUGAUCAGCAGACGUUAAAAAUACAAACUGCUGCACGUUGGUAAGAAGGUGAGAAGUUACAAGAAGACAGCUACCUGCUUCUAUCUGACACAAAAAAAAUAUGACUCUAACUGAACUUUUUUGGCUUGGCUGUUUAUACACUCAAUCGUUUAUUUGUAACAGAUGUACUGUUUCUGCGAUAAUUCAUCUAACGCGUACACAAACUUACUUUUACCUCUUAUGUGAAUAUUUUGUCAUAUUUCUAUAAAAUAUAUAUAUAUAUAUAUGCAUAUAGUCUAUGUGAGUGUUGCCAUACUUGGCUGGAGCAUCUGAGGAUAUGACAUGAGACUGUAAGAGUAGUUCCGUUUUCAGAAUGUGUUGGAGUUUGUUACUCUGGCAUAAGGUUGUAGCACAUUAAAUUCGAUGUGACUUUUGCUUGUUCUAAAAGCCGAAUACUCAACGCCUCGAAAACCCGCAUAGGAUAGUACCUCGUUUUCUACGCCCAGAGAUUGUGGGGUCUCGGAAUGCAUUUAAGGAUGAUCGUUACCAUAAAUUUUAGGCUGACAGACAUCUGAAACGUCCCUCUUAAACUCUCAUGCUUCUCCAUCAGUCUCUGCCAGCAAAAAGUGUAUAGAUUUCAGCUGAAGAUAUAAUCAAAAGAUGUUAUAUUACUGAUUGUGAUGUUGCCUUCCUAUUGUACUACAUUAUAUAAAUACUAUAUUCAUUUAAAGAUGAUAAGACAGCCCUUGUUGACAAGGUCUCCAGCGCAGGGUUUGCAUCCUGUGUUUUCAUUCCUCGGUGUUGUAACAUGUUGUAACAUGUAAGCAAGUCAAGACAGCUUCCGUAACGUUGAGGUUUAGUCACCAUCUUGCACAUUCUAGGGGUUGUUCCCAGAUGUGGAUGGACAUCUUUCUUCAAAUGGUACACUAACAGUUGACUACUGGAUACCAGUACCGCAUCCAAGGUGCUUUCUCAAAUAUAGUUGUUCUGGUAUGGAUUGUAUACCGGUGAAUCUUUAACUCCACUUGAACAGUUCUUUUGUUUUUGUAUACUAAUCUUUGAAUAAAAAAAAUUCUUUUUUUUUUCAGUUAUCUUGUGACUGACUCUUUAAACACUGUAAAAGUUGACUUGUAUAUGUAUUCUCCAUUAUUUUUUUUUGUAGUGUCAGCGUAACAUACUAAGGUCUCAGUCAAAGCUGUUUCAAUGCCAAAUGCCAUGCACACUGUAAAUAAUCAUAAUAAAUACCUUUUAACUUUAA